AUGGGCAAGAAUCGAGGCAAGGGCUCGCCCAAGCAGCGGACCUCGCCCAAGCGCGCCUCUCCCCAAAAGCAUGCCAAGCCCGACGAGCCGACGUCCUCGACCAUGGUGGCAUCUGCUUCAGCUGCGCUGCCAGCAUCGGCAACCGAGGCUGCGCAUCACGCAAAUGUCACAGAGAACACGCCCAACACGGCGGCUUUACCCUCAAAGACCUCGCCAGCUCUGCAUGACCGCGAGUCGCAUUCGACGCGCACCGAAGGCUCGGCGGCUGGUCAGCGCACGCAGCGCGCUCUCUACAAACUGGCACUGUCAACGGCCAUUUAUCUACCCGAAACUCUGGCUGACUAUGGCCUGCUUCUCAGCUCUUGUGGCCCACUGUUCCACGUCUCGACCUUUGAAGCGCCUGCACACGUCCCGCCGGUUGCCUGGUGGCUGCCCCUACAGCUGGCGCUCAUGUUCCUGCCAGGCUUGCUGCAGCUCACCACCUUUCGCACACAGCUUCGCGACGCUGGCUGGUGCCACCGCCUGUUAAUUCUCCUGCGCCUCCAUCCCUACUUUGAGCUAGCGCAGGCCUACCAGCAUCCAACCUACAUGACCCUGCACCCCUUCUUCCUGCAGUCCUCACCUGCUGCUAUGGAUGCCAUCUCCAAGGGCUUACCUCAACUCGCCCUUUCAUUCCUUGUCCGCGCCGAUCUUGCAACCAGCGCCACCCUUCGCGGACUGCGCCUCGCUGCCGCGCUCCUCCCCCUGGCGUGGACCGUGACUGCCUGGGACUUGGCCUCACACGACGCCCGCCUUCAAGUCAUGGCCGUGGCCCCGGCUCUUGAUCGACGACGCCUCCUUCUUCUUUUGUGGCGCACCCUCGAAUUGGCCCUGGCCGUCUGCACCCUGGCCCUCCUGCAACAUCUCGGGCUCCACCUGCUCGCCGUUUCCUGUCUUUACCUCGCCUUGAGUGCCCUGGCUCUUCUCGGUGCUCGCGCCUGGCCCGACACGCUGGCCCAGUCACGUCUUUGGCCCCUCCUUCUGUUCAUCUUCGUGGACGAGCGCCUCCUGCCCGGUGGGCAGUAUGGCGCUCACCACUCGGGCAGCAUUGGAAAAGAGACGGCUCGACUGGCAUUGGGAGGGUCACGAUCCUUACGCACCGCACUUAAACGGGCGACAGGCUUGUCAGGGAUCGGCUUUGGGCAAGCUUUGACCCCACACAAGUCAAUGGCUCAGAGUAAGGCCACACAACCACUCUGGCUCAGUCGUCGGUAUUAUCUGGCUCGCGGUGCCACCGUGCUGGUGCUUGCCUGCUACCUCACAUUGGUCGCGUCUCAGAGCGUGCAAGGCGCGCGUUCGUAUCCUCAACACCUCGUUUUGGCCGCCACGGGCUUGAUCGUGGCUCAGCUGGGGCUCUACGGUCAAAUGCACGCCCGGUUUUGGAAAUCGGAUCUUGGGCCACGACGCCCAUCCGUGCUCAUGAACGAGGCUGACCGCUCCCCACGCGCAACGCCCGCGCGCGUUACACACGCCCUUUCAGCCUCGGUCACUGCUGAGCUCGGGCAGCGCAUUGCUGCGUCCGUGCGCCGCGACCACGCUCGUGCCCCGGCCUCGUUCACUACCCGCCGAGGUGCCAUGCUCCAGGAAUCGCCGCCGCAGCCAAUGGUCACACCAUCAAAGCUGCAGCUGAGUCGUCGAGGUGACGUGGCCCCUUCUUCUUCUCUGGUGCAGAGUCCCGCUGGCAAGCCCAGCGGGCUCAAUACCUCUCUCAGUGCCUCUUUUAUGGGGGGCAGGAGCGCAGCCCACCGUGCAGCUCAGCCCGUGCCACCCCUGCGCCCUCAGUUUGACUCGCCUACACCACUGCGGCAACGGCACGGCAAUGCCAUCUUUGCUGACGUGACCGCAUCGCCCUUCUUGCCCAUGAUGCUUUUGGUAAUAACAUUAAAAGUGGACCAGAUCGAGAGAACGAGAGAGAGAGAGAGAGAGAGAGAGAGAGAGAGAGAGAGAGAGGGAGAGAGAGGGAGAGAGAGGGCGCGCGCGCAAUACACACGGAUCGACAGGGAGUGAGUCAGGGCCGCACUCGAACGUAUCGGCACAAGUGUGCUUUGUUUAAUAUGCCUCUUCCUCAAUUGCAGACUAAUGAUGCUG